CACUCAGAACUCAGAGCUUGUUGAGGUGAGUUGUCGCGUUAGUUGAAAUACUGUCAUGAUUUUUGUCUUAUUGUGUUGUGUAUACUACAGCGUGCUCAGAUGGUGUUAGGUAGCAGUCCUCCGAGUCUUUCCGGGGAAUCGUUGGUCGCCACGACUCGGUGCGUUCUCAAGAUUACCGAUAACACUCUACGGUACGGGUUUCCUCACCUGGUCGGGGAGUUGGCGCCUCUGGCUGGCAAGUUGCUCGGCAAACGGAUUACUUUGCAAGGAUCCGUGCGCUUCUUGCGGGAUAAUGCCAAAGGCCGAGUGACGCAGCUCCACUGGAGGGUGGACAUGCUGUCGGCCCUUCUGACGCUACUAGGCAAUCUGGAGGAUGUAGAACGUGUGUUUGAUGGUGCUCGCGUCACCCCUGAAGGCAUGGUGAGGGGAAGCUGGGAUAACGUGAGUUGCCAUAGCUUUAGGCACCGUUUUUGCUGUAAAACCAUAGUAUUCAAAUUGCGGUCUUCAUGUCAACAGCACAGCGUCUACUACAAAUUGUAGUAGACUACAAAAAAUGUAUUAUACUACCGUACUGUAGUACAGCUUAGGAAUAGGAAUGUCGGUCGUUCGUGCAAAGAAUGGCGUUGCGAAGUCUCCUAUUUGUUGACCUCCUUCGAAGACGAAGCAUGAGCUCCGAGCUGCAGUUCCCAGAGCCCGAAGAGGCUCAAGGUCUUCUCCACGAUAUCAUGGAGUUCCUUGAUUCAUGUGAAGACCAACACGCAUUGAGCGGCUCCGACAGCGCUGGGCCUGCAUCACCAGGCUGCAACCAAGGCUGUUCGACUGGUAGUGGAGACCGUGGCAAGAGGCGGCGAGGGAAAGACUAUUCCCCAGAGUAUGAGCGUCGACGACGAGAGAGGAAGAAGGCGGAGAGAGAAGCGCUCAAAACGCAUGCCCAGCAGUACGAGACGCAGCUCGAACUCCUGCGGCUUCGACGACCAGUUCAUCAAACUGAGUCCAAGUGGGGAUGGGUCGAAGCAGCUACUACCGAAGAGGAGAAGCGACACGAGGCAGAAGAGCUCAAUCGACAGCUACGUGGGCUGCUAGCUCAGUACUUGAGCACAGCUCAGACAUUCAAGAACUUACUCACUCAGAACUCAGAGCUUGUUGAGGUGAGUUGUCGCGUUAGUUGAAAUACUGUCAUGAUUUUUGUCUUAUUGUGUUGUGUAUACUACAGCGUGCUCAGAUGGUGUUAGGUAGCA